GAAAGACAGAAAGAAAGAGAAACCCCUAAUUAAUUCUCUCUGGUUUCUCUGCUCUGCUCCGAUGGAUUUCCAAGUGGUAGUUCUGGCCGGUGGCGCCUCCAAGAAUCUCAUUCCUCUCGUCUCCAAGGAGGUUCCAAAACCUCUACUUCCGGUGGCAAACCGGCCGGUUCUCUCGUACGUUCUGGAGCUGUUAGAGCAAAGUAACCUUAAGGAUCUCAUUGUUGUGGUUGAAGGGCAAGACGCGGCUGUUCGGGUUGGUGGUUGGAUAUCUGGGGCUUAUGUUGGUCGUCUGCGUGUCGAGGUUGCUGCAGUCCCAGAGGAUGUUGGAACAGCUGGUGCACUUCGGGCCAUUGCCCACCGCCUGACUGCGAAGGACAUCAUGGUUGUGAGUGGUGAUCUUGUUUCUGAUGUUCCUCCUGGUGCAGUAGCGGCUGCGCAUAGACGACAUGAUGCAGUAGUGACCGCAAUGCUCUGUUCUGCUCCUGUCAGUGGACCUUCGGAGUCUGGUUCCUCUGGUGGAAAAGACAAAACCAAGAAGCCAGGACGCUACAACAUUAUAGGGCUGGAUCCCACAAAGCAGUUCUUAUUAUAUAUAGCUACAGGUGCUGAACUAGAGAAAGAUAUUCGAAUGCAGAAGAGCAUACUUCGUGCGGUUGGCCAGAUGGAAAUCCGAGCUGAUCUCAUGGAUGCUCAUUUGUAUGCAUUCAAGAGGUCUGUUCUACAAGAAGUUUUAGAUCAAAAGGAUACAUUUCAAAGCUUAAGGCAGGAUGUCUUGCCUUAUCUUGUGCGGAGCCAGCUGAAGUCAGAAGUGUUAUUAAAUGGUGCACCACAAGCAGAAGAAAAUGGAAACGAGAAGGUUAAUCCCCUGAAGAACCAAGUAAUGCUGUCCCAAAUCCUUGCUAAUGUGUCUACUCCAAGUUUUCAUGAACUCUAUGGAUUGGGUACCAAUGGUUCUACUCGAAGAACCCAUAAAUGCUGUGUUUAUAUUGCCAGCAACAGCAAGUACUGCAUGCGCUUAAAUUCCAUUCAAGCAUUCAGUGAUGUAAAUCGAGACGUCAUAGGUGAGGCCAGUCAUCUCUCAGGGUAUUCCUUCUCUGCUCAAAACAACAUCAUCCAUCCUUCAGCAGGGCUUGGGUCAAAAACAACUGUGGGACCACAUUGUAUGCUAGGGGAAGGUUCACAAAUGGGUGACAAAUGUAGUGUGAAACGCUCUGUUAUUGGCCGUCACUGCAGGAUAGGUUCUAAUGUAAAGGUUGCUAAUUCAGUUAUUAUGAAUCAUGUCACCAUUGCGGAUGGUUGUUCGAUCCAAGGUUCUGUAAUCUGCAGCAAUGUACAGCUUCAAGAGCGUGUUGUAUUGAAAGAUUGUCAAGUUGGAGCAGGUUUUGUGGUUACUGCUGGGAGCGAGUGCAAAGGGGAGGCCUUGGCUAAGAAAGAGAAAUGAACACAAGGGGGAGUCCCUGGGUGGCAAGAGAUUUGGUAAUCUCUUUUUUGAAUUGUGCUUUACUGUAGGCUGGAGCAGAUUUUGUGGUAACUGCUAGCAGUGAGUACAAGGCGAUGCCCUUGGCAAGAAAAAAGGGGAUUGCUAACUUCCGUGAGUGUAUUAUCAGCUCUCCUUUGCUUUUUCUGUUUUUAUUUUUUAUUUUUUGAUAGGUGCUCUUUGUGUCGUUUAUAUUCUGUGUUUUUAUGACCAAGGCCGAUCAAAUAGAUAGCAUCAAUUUUGAUAAUUUAUUGUAGGUAUUGAAUAAAAAGCCUUUUACUCUCAA